GUUGUCUUCGUCCAAGUUGUUCUCAUCUUCUACUCCUACCACUUCUCCACCAUCAUCAUGGGGUGGCCACCGGAAGACAUGGCAGCUCAGGAUCUCCAGUGCGAGGAUCACUUCGUGUGUUGCACCUCAAAGGAAACAGACGUGUCUUGUCAAUCCCUUGGCUUCUCUUCCCGUCCGCUAGAACGGGAGAUCGUUGACCAGGACGAACUCCACUACUAUACCCUCAUCGCCAUGGACUCUUCAAGUUCCACCAAGAAGCUGUGUCACAACGCCUACGAGCGUGGCCGGAGGAAGAAGAUCAACGACCUCUACGCUUCGCUUCGCGCCCUACUCCCCGAGUCGGAUCAAAGCAGGAAGAAGAACCUGAGCAUUCCACUGACCAUUUCCCGAGUCUUGAAGUACAUACCGGAGCUGCAACGGCAGGUCGAGCGGCUGCAGCAGCGGAAGGAAGAUAUCUUGUUGGCGCUGUCGAGGCCGGAAGAACAAAGCCACUGUGGUGACAUUGUGGUGUACCGUCCCAUGGUGUCAGCCGCCUGUCUAAGUAACAGGGAAGUCAUGGUGCAAGUAUGCUUGUUGAGUAGCCACUUUUCCAUUUCGUUCUCCAAGAUCCUGAGACUCCUGAAGAGAGAGGGGCUUCAUCUUGUGAAUGCAUCAACUUACACCACCCAUGACGGCAGAUGCUUCUGCAGUCUCCACAUCGAGGCAAGGGAAACCUUUGAUACAGAAUGUAGAAUCUUCUGUGACACUCUCUUGAAAGAAAUUAAGGAGCAAGCAGAACUUGGUUCCAGAAUUACUUGGAACAUGUAGUAUGUUAUAGCUGUUCAGAGGAGAGGUUUUUUCAAGUGAACUUUUUGUGUAUGAUAUCUAGUGAUUCCUGUUUAACUGCUAUUUUGCAUUCGAUAGCUUUACCCUUUUCUUCGUUGGAAUAUUUCCUCCAUGGAACAAGUAAACAAAAAAAUUUAUACAAAAAAAAAAAAUUGUUAUAUCCUGUAUCUACUUUAUUUAUUUAUUAUAGUUAAAGAAAAGAAGCACCGGAGAAAAUUAUAGGCGAAGAUCUUUAAGUUCUCAACGAUAAAUGUUGCAAGAUAUAAUCUUAUAUUAUAAAAUAUUCCAUUAAAGAAAAAGGGAACAUGAUAAAAUAAAUCAAUAAUCA